UUAAUGUCGAAUCUCCGAGAAAACUCAUUAAAACUCCUCACUCAAUACGACGUUUUUGCGACACUCAUCGAUAUUUUGAAGUACUCACCCCAAUCGAAUUACAC